AUGUCUGCUCCUAAGAAUCAUGUACAGUUUACCUUGAAAGUCAUGAUCAAUAAAGAUAAAACCAAGGUUCUCUUUGCAGAGGCCGACAGCGAUUUUUUUGACAUUUUGCUGAGCUUCCUGACAUUGCCAUUGGGAAAGAUCGCGAAAAUCGUCGUGGAUCGCUAUGGAGACAACACACCAUUGGCAGUCGGUAGCUUGACCUCUUUGUACAAUAGCCUUGCCGAUCUUGAUGUGCUUCAUUUUCAUACAGAGACAGGUAAACAAAUGCUGCUAAACCCGAGAAGCGUGUUUGAUAACGAAUGCUGUAAGCUGAAGCUGAACCUUAAUGAUUCCGAGCCGACCAAGUACUUUACAUGCGGACGGCCGAAGAGUAGGAAGCACAAUUUCAGCAUGUACUAUGAUACUGUUGGAUGUGAUUGUGGGAAAACUAUGAGCAAAGAAACAAAAUUUUUAUCAUCUGAGGCUGCUGAAGAUGGCAAUGAUGAUCAAGCUUUUUGCAGGAAAGGUGCUUCCUUUAUAAUCAGUAAUGAUAUGCGGUUGGCGCUGACGGGGUCAGUCUUAAGGACUCUAGCAGAACUUGGUAUUAGGGACACCAAAGGAGCCGAGAUGAGGAAUGUGACAUUCGGAUAUAAUGAGAUUAUAGAUUUGCUUCAAGGCAUGUUCGUGUCACGGACUCCUUUGACCGACGUCAUAAUCGGCAAAGCUCAAAGUAACUCUCGAGUUCUCAUCCCCAAGACAGAGGAAACUACUGUUUCCAACUGUGAGAAGAAGAUGAUAUUGAAUGUAAUGCUACAAAAAUCUACGCAAAAGUUAAUAUUUGCGCAAGCCAAGGAUGAUUUUGUCGAAUUUCUCUUUAGUUUGCUCACGAUCCCACUCGGUGGAGCUUUGUCACUUCUGGGGACCAACACUGGCGCUACGAGUUUAGACAAUUUCUACACGAGUGUAGAAAAUAUUAAUGGCGACGAGUACUUGAAGACUAAAGAUACAAAGGCGAAAUUACGGGAUACGCGACUACCUAUUGGAUAUAUGUCCCCAAACCAACUUCUCCCUCUAACCGAAGGAGGAUAUCGUGAACUUCAUUAUAGUAGGCCCUCUGAAUAUUAUCGGUGUAAUGGUUAUUUGUCUCCUUCAACCAUUACAUAUAGGCGGUCCAGGUUGCUUCGUUACAAAUCUCCAAAAGGCAAUGGGAAUUACGUGAAGGGGCCAACAAUGUAUAUGGUGACGGAUGAUUUAACCGUCACUCCAUUGUGUGUGACCUCAAGCCUGUCUAUUUUGGACCGGCUGGGAAUCCCCUUGUCUGAUGUCCGAGAAUUGGAGCUUAACAUUGGAUUGGAAGAGGUUCUGAGCAUUUUGAAGGCAUCUCUUACCUCAACUUCCGCCCUGACCAAUGGCCUUUUCCGUCCGUCACCGAAAAAGCGUGUGAAACAAGAACACUGA